AUGCUGGAUCAGUUGAGAGUUCUUCUGUCUGCUCAGCCCCCACCAGCUCCUUUCACGGUGGAAGACAUCAAGAGCAAGUUCAAGAACCUUCGUACCACCUUUCAAAGACAGUACAAAGCAGUGAAGGCGAGCGAGGUUGACGGUUCUGAUACGUUUGUACCGCAGUGGAAGUACUAUCAGCAGUUGAUGUUCCUGCAGGCUGCAGGCCUGGAUGACUGCAUUGAUACCCCACCGCAGACCUCAUUAAUUGUUUCACAAGAGGAUAGCCAGCAUGUUGUCAGCACCCCAGGACUCAUCAUUUCCAUCCUUCCUCCCGAAUCCUCCACCACAACCACUUCGUCGUCGCCCUGCAUCCUCUCAAACGUAGUGGCAAAAUCGUUUUGGACAGAUGAGAAGGAACGCGCACUUAUUGAUUUCUACUCAGAACACAACUGUCUGUGGAACAAGAAAUCUAAAAACCACAACAAUCGUCUGCUCCGAUUGAAACUUCUAAAGAUUCUUAGGAGACGGCUGUCUGACCACUCUGCAUCCUUCUCUAUUGAAGACAUAAAAUGCAAGUUCAAGAAUCUUCGGACAGUUUUUAACCGCGAAUAUAAAAUGGUUCAUAUAAGCAGGACUUCUAACAAACUGUACCACUCCAAAUGGAAACACUACCAGCGACUGCUCUUCCUCUGUGAAUGGUUCAAGGAUGAAGAGAACCCAGAAAAUCUGAAAAUAAUGAUACCACAAGAAGCACAAGCGCAAGAACCUGGAAACCAAUCCACGCUGUCCGCCCCGAAGAGCUCCUCAUUGGAAGACAUAAAGACCAAGUUUAGGAACCUUCGAACCAUCUUUCAACGUGAACACAAGGCAGUGAACGCGAACAAAACCUGUGGUUCAGAAAACUUUCAUGUACCCAAGUGGAAGCACUACCAAGAGCUGAUGUUCCUCUGUGAAUCUUGUGACGAGGAGGACCAACCUGACAACGUCCACUUUCGACAAUCGGCAGACACCAGCCUCCAUCUUCUGGAUAACCAAACCCCACUAGUCUUCCCCUCUCAACAAUUUAAAAAAGACUCAAUUGGAACCACCAGUCAUACAUCUAACAAAAUGAAAACACUUGAAUCUCCACCUUCACCUCCUCCAUCCCAUCACUCAAUACUCUCCUCCGCUUCCUCCACAUCUUCUCACCUUGACAGUGGCGUGUUGGGUCAGAAACGCGUAAACCAACAGCCACCAACCGCCACCAUCGAAGUACUGGACUUUAUGAAAACAUUCUAUCAAAGUCAGAUAAUGUCGCCGCAUGCUGGUUUUCUGAAAUAUGUGGAGGAGUGUCUAAAUGAAACUCCUCCGGACAAAGUGAAGCGAAUGAAGAUGAAGAUAAUUGAGACAAUCCACAACAUGUCAGAGCAAGAAUGCACUGUGCACUUUGCAGCUCGGUGCUCGGAUAUCUCCUGCUUUGCCUUUCCUGGACAGGGAGUUCUAAAUGAUUCGCGGUCAUGUGCUCGAACCGGUGAGCCCGGGAUGAGCGCUUCCUUUGCGGACAUGGAGGAUGGCCGGGCGGGGCUCCAGCAGGCGGCGGGUGGAGGAAGAGGAGGCGGGUGGGCGCUUGUGGAGGCCCAGCUGCAGGGUGGAGCUCCGUGGGGCUUUACGCUUCAGGGUGGCCUGGAGCACGGGGAGCCGCUCAUCAUCUCCAAGGUAGAAGAGGGUGGGAAGGCUGACAGUUUGGAGUGCCCACUGCAAGUAGGGGAUGAGAUCAUCAUCAUAAACAACAUCGAGCUGACAGGUUAUCGUCAGGAAGCCAUCGCCCUUGUCAAAGGAUCACAUAAGACUCUACAGAUCACCGUCCGCAGGGAGUUUGAUCCUGGAUACAUUGAGGAAUUUGGGUCUUCACCUCCCUCAUAUCCUUCUUCUUUUUGUGCUCCUUCACCUCCUCCUCUUUCCUCUACACCACCACCACCGCAUCAACAACAAAAAACAACCCAACGCAGACCAUGUUCAACAGGAGGAGUCCAGCUACGCAUCAAGAACAGACGCAGUGAGACGGCGUCUCGUCCUCACUCCUGGCAUUCAACAAAACUGGGUGAAGGUCGGCAGGAGUCAGACCGGGAAAGGAUGGACACCAUGAGCAGUGCCUGGCACCACAAUUACCAUGCGAGUGCCUCCACUACAGACCUCUCGGGCGGGUUUGAGUCGGACGGAUUGAGGAAGAGUCCUGACCAGUACAGCUCACGAGGCAGCAUGGAGAGCCUGGAUCCCCCUCAUUCUGUGCACCUUCAGCACCACCAUACACUGGGUCAUCACACCCACAGUGAGCCCCACCCUGCCUACUCCUCCUGCCAACAGUUAUCUUAUGCCAGGUCGUCCAACAGCAUUGAUCACCUCCACAGCAAACGAGACUCUGCAUACUCCUCCUUCUCCACCAGCUCCAGUAUCCCAGAAUACCUCGCCUCUGCUCCGGCAUUCGGUCCCGAGCGCUCCUGUUCCCUGGAGACCAUGCCCCAUAGAGGAGGAAGUGGGGAAAUGCAACAAACCGACAUACGUUACAUCCAGACGGCGUACAAUGCCCAGCAGGAGCAAGAACUGAGCUCUCCAUUGGAUACUUCGCUACGUAUUAGCGAUUCAAAAAGUGGGGAAGGAGCGACAGGAAGGCAAAGCAGGGAUCCACGAAGUGGAGUCUGUUACCGUGGCAGCAGCAGUAGCAGUGGUAGUAGCAGUGGUGUUCUGGCUGCAAACAGGCACAGUGUGGGUCCUAUAUGGGCUCCUGGAACCAGCCACAACUCCUAUGAGAACCUAAAGGGGGCACCUGCUCCACCACGGCGCAGCGACAGCUUUGCAGCCAUCAAGAACCAUGAGAGGCCCAACUCAUGGUCCAGUGUGGAGCAAACCCGUGCGGUUAACAGGUCUCUGCAGAAGGGCUCCUGGCAUCACUCCAGUGGCCCAGUGGCUUUGAGUACAGCUAAAGGCUCAUGCAUAACUGAGGGUCAACUGCACACAGUCAUAGAAAAGAGCCCAGAGAGCAGCCCUACCACCAAGCCCCGACAGGGCUUUUCCCCACCAGGUUCACCCACUGAAUCUUCUGCAAGCCAAGCUCCCCAAUCAGGACGCCUCAUUCUCCCCACAGGAGUGUACCCUGUACCCCAACCUGAGCCCCACUAUGCCCAAAUACCCAGUUCAAGUCCCAUGCCUUCCACCUUGGGAGUUUAUCCUGCUCUGGCCAAGGAUAGCAACUGGCUUCAGCAAGAUGUGCAGAACGUCAGAGGGCAGGAGGAGGAAGUGAACAAUCAUUGGAAGGAUGGAAAACCGCCAUCUUUUGAAAAAGGUCACCAAAGGAACAUUUCAUCACCGUAUCCCCACUCCACUCUUUCAACAAAUGCCCCAACGCAGAGCAGAGCACAUGAAUCUGACAGGAAUCAACAGGAGGAGUCUAAUUUUGGGCACAGCAGACCCUUUCCUACUGCAGGAAAAUCCGAGAGCCAGGCAGGGGCCAACAUGUCUCAUCGUCAGCAGGGACCACAAUUUAAUAGCCCUAAUCCCCUCCAUAAGCAUUCUAACCAAGGGCACCAUAACCAAAUUCAGCAGGAACAAGAUUACCUAAGUUUCCAAACCCAGUCAGCUCCGGCACAGAGGACCCAGACCUGCCAAGAGCAGAGAGACCCUUACACAACUGUACAGUCUGGAGGCCAAGUCAAAAGAUUGAUGGACCAAUCCAACGUUCACUCCGAUCCAAUGUCGUAUUCCAGAGUUGCGCAGGGACAAGUGCCCCCUUCCCAUUCACAGGCUCACCAUCACCCUCAGCAAACGUCCACUCAAUCCUCUCACCGUCACCACAGUGACUCAGCAGCUCUUCAUUACCAUCACUCGGACCAGAAAGAGCAGAACCGAGAAAAAGAACACCCGCUGACUUGUCUCGAAAAAGCCCUCGUAGAGGUACGCACCAGCCCCAACAACGUCGUCUCUGCCAGUAGUCAUGACAACAAUACGUUGGCCGAGGGUAUCCAGGGACCCACCCGGAGUCUCUCUGUCCUAGAGAGGGUCAAUCGCAUUGAGCAUUGUGACAGAGCAGGAAGGCAACGGAGUUACAGCAUCAGUCAUAGCCACCACAAGAACUCUAUCCGUAGGAAUCAGAUGACUGACAAAGCCCAGGGUGGCCCCUGUGGAACUGAGGAUCUGAAAAACAUGCUAGAAAGAAGCACCAAAGGGAGCAAAGCCCAUAGAACCAUUAGCUACAGAGGAGGCAGCAUUAACUACAGGAAAGACAGGACUGCUACACCUGAUCCCAGUUCAGCCCUGGAGAGGAGCCUGAGCAGCCUCCAUCUGGAUGGAUCCAGAGAGGAAAAUGACAGUAAGACUUCUUUGAAACAAAAUGCCCAAAACUUGAUGAGCACUUCGCAGGACACGUCCUCUCAAAGAUCCUACAGGGACUCAUUGAAAGAUGCGCAGUCUAAGGUCCUACGUUCGACAUCCUUAAGACACAAUUUCCCUCCUGUUCGAUCCUCACGCACAACCGCUUCUGUUAAUUCUUCCUCACCUGGCAACCAUCAGCCACUGCCUUUCCAGGGCAACCACCACCCCUCGGAAAAGAAAGGCCCUAAAACAAAGCCCAAACCAUCUAGCAUUGUUAUCUCUGCCCCAGUCACAUCCCCUCACACUCCAAAGGAGCGACACGUGGUCGGACCAGAGACCCGAGGUCCGAGUCCCCCGGCCCUGCCCAGCGUUCCGCCGGUUGGACCUCCUGCUAUGUCACGAAUCUGUGGGCGCAAACGUCUGACUACAGACCAGAAAAAACGCUCUUAUUCUGAGCCAGACAACAUUAAUGAGAUUGGGAUUUCAGAUUCUGAAGCAUCUGGUCCCUUCAAACUUGGAGGAGAGACCAGUGUGGCUGACCGCCGGAAGAUGUUUGAGCUCGGCUUUGGGAACAACGCCAUAUCAAAGCCUGACUUGCGUCAGCUUCAGCAAGAUGCUGUGGCUCAGUAUGUGCAAAGGAAGAAAAAUGCAAAGAAAGACGAGGGAAGAGAAAGGACUGGGCUAAGGCCUCUCAGUGCUUAUGUACAGUCAGACAACACUUAUCCUUCAGACACCCUCAGCCUCUCCUCCACCUCAAGCCUGCUAUCCCUCCAAGACUCUGGCUUGGAUCGCAGUCUUUCUUCAAGUGAUAAACACCAUUUCUCAUCUCCUGGAGCUGACCUGCGAAGCCUUAAUUCUAUCUACUACAUGGGCAAAGAGACCACUCCCAGGCCUCCGUCACACCCAUCACCAAGUGGAGACUCUUCAUCUGAGCACCACACUACCAGCACCCACCUCCCUUACAACUACAUUCAGGAAGCAGCCUCCAAUAAACAGAGGACAAGUCGGUCAAAAGAUUCACGGCAAACGGCAAGGCCUCAAGAGAACCGUGUAAGGCCCAAGCACGUGAGCGGGUCAUUGGCAAUGGUUGGGUCGGUGUUGGGCUCUGGCAAAUCUGCCUCAGUGGAAGACCUUUUGGAGCGGUCAGAAGAAAGGGUUCCCAACCACUCUCGCUCCCGCUCAUCCCCUACUCUGGAGAUACUGAAUCAGGAUUCCCCAUCAGAUCAAGCAAAUCUGUUCCAUGUCUUUGGGUCGAAGACUGAGGACAGCACUGGAGACAAUGAGCCACUAGAGGGCCACACAUCUCCCCAACCAUCAAUGAACAUUCCCGAGGACACCCAGCCUGCUGCUGCUUCUCAAGGUACAGUCUUUUCCCACUACCCUGGUCCACUGAGGGACAAACAGCGUCAUAGGAACAGUGAGCGCCAGCGAGCCCAGAGCAUGUCGUCUCUUGCAGCCUCAGUUGGUCUGCCUUGCCCACUUUCCCCCGCGUCUGCAUCUCAAGAGGGAGGUAGCAACGAGUGGUAUUCGAACAAGGAUCAAAGUCUAGCCAAUCUGAACGACAUCACCUUCCCGGGCGUCCCCCAAAGCGAUGGCGGCACCAAAGUAGGAGCUGUCAGCCUCGACGCGUUCGUGACGGACCAACCAAUGAGGCACAGUUUGAGUGACGCUAGUAUAUUAGAAGACAAAACAAGGGGCGGUCACAGAGAGAGAACAUUUAGUAUAGAAAAGAGAGGAGAUCUGUUUGAAGAAAACAAACAAGUCACUUCAGUGACGUCAUUACCGCUGCUUCAGUUACAGAUUCCGUCCACACCGGACAGUAAACACGGAGGGAAUAUGGAAUCACACCCUUCGCCAUCUUCUCACCCAAACCUUUCCUCAGUGAACAGCACCCCUGACCAACAACAGAAAUCCUCAGUUCUGUACAGUGAGGACUUGGAUGAGGUAUUUCUUCAAAAUCCUCCACCUGCAUCCCCUUCACUUUCAGUCAAAGAGACGGACUUCCCUCUGCCUCAACCUUCUCUGAAUGAGUUGUACAAGAGAAACUCCUUGCAGAUUCCAGAAAGCUUACCGAGCCUUCUGCCGUCCUCGAAGUCACGAUCGUCCACCCUCACAUCCACGACUUCGAGUUUGGACACCCUCUUGUUAGAUGACACACUUAACCUUGAAUACGAGCCCUUCCUCAAGAGGGAAAAGACAGUGGAGGAUCUACAGGUGGAGACGCUGGCACAGCAGUUGGUAAUGCUGGAUCGCUCUCUGGUACCCAUCCUUGAAACAUGGGAGGGCAAAUCCCCUGUGGAGCUUGUGGGGGAGAUCCUUCAAAACAGCAGACUGGGUCCCAAAGUACCAUGGCAAGACAGGUUUAGCCCAUUAAAUGUCAGGGUUGAGGACCCUGUCAAUGCGCAAAUGGAUCAAAGAACUGAUACCGAAAAGCAGAAAGAUCUUAACAGCAGGAAGGUGGAGCUGUGCGAGGCUCUGAAGUGCAGCGUGGUGGCUAUGCGGCAAGAGAAGGACGCGUUGUGCAAGGAGCAGAAGCAUCACCAGGCGCUUGGGGCCAGCAUUGACUCUCUGGUGCACAAACUAUGCAAGAUCAAUGAGAGGGACAAGUACAGCAUGUUCAUUGGAGACCUUGAGAAAAUUGUUAACUUGCUGCUGUCACUGUGUAGCCGACUGUCGAGGAUUGACAAAUCUCUACAUGCUUUGGAAAGGGAAGAGCUUGCAAACGAGGACACUUCAGUGGAGCGGGACUCCCUCCAGCACAAGCGUUCUCAGCUCCUCAGUCAGACCGAGGAUGCCCGGGAACUGAAGGAAAACCUGGACCGGCGGCAGCGCGUCGUCCACGCCAUCUUGCGAGGCUACCUCACUGAUCCCCAGCUCCAAGACUACUGCCGUUUUGUCAGCACCAAACCCUCCCUACUGAUUCGCCGACGGAACCUCGACGACCUCAUACGACAGCGAGAGGAGCAGCUGACCAGGCUGGCCGAGACCCUCCCGCCCGAGCUGGCGGCGAAUCAAGAUUGGUGCGAAGGAUCUCUGCGUUCGUCCCCGAGCCUCGUCUCUUGCUCUUCUCCCUUCCCACAGCUGCUUCCCCCUUCUCCCAUUCCCGGGCACACCCACACGACCAGGUCCACUACAGUGACGUCACUGUGA